CAUUACUUGCUGUUAUAUGGUGGCUACAAUUCGAUUAAAGGGUUAGGUUAACUUUAUGUAGUUUAAUGAAUUGAAGGUCCAAUGCCGGAAAUCUUAUUGAGACAAACACAUUAUUAAAUAGAACAAUUCACAUAGGAUUCCAAAGUAGAAGCUAACAAAGUAACCACCUUUCAUGUGGUUCCCUCUCAUUGACCUAUCUCUUGGGGUAUCAAAUACAAUUGUUUUGUGUUUUUAUUUUAAUGGUCAAAAAGCACACACACUUCCAUUAGUGAUGCAUGUAAAACUACACUCCAUUACAUAGCUUUUAGCAAGAUUCUUUGGGUUUCACUUUAGGGUUGGCUAGCUAGCUUUAUGUUGCUUCAUAAGCUUUGUUGAUUUUAGUGAAGUCAAGUAGUACUAGUACUUCUUCUUCCCCCAUCUUAUUUAAUCAUGAUUCAUGCAUGUAACUUGGUGGCUGUCCCUCCAAUUCCUCAAUGGAAUUAUGCCUAUGACAACUUCUUCUUUUGUCAAGUUUAAGGCCAUUGGAGAUUUCAAGUCAUAUGCAUAUCAAUUCAUACUAUUUAAUGUGCCUUUAUAGUUCACCAUUCAACAUGUUUCUUCCAAAACUCGGUUGAAUACUUCGAGAUGGGUCGUUUAGAGGGAUACUUUAACUAGAUAAUUAGAGCAACUGUCUCAACAUGAUUUGUCUUGCUUUGGAAAGUGAAGAUAACAUAAGACAACUGGUGCACGAGACAUUGUGAAAUGUCUCCGAUAGGAUGCUUAUAAUAGUCGAUCUCAUGGGAUGAAUUUUCUAAAAUAUCUCAUUUUAAUUAAGUCAAAUGUCUCAUUUUACGAAAUUUUCAUUCAAACAAUCCACGAGGCAUCUAGUUAUAUAUGGAUAUAUUGAUUGGAACCUGAAUUCAUAGUUAUACUAAAAUCGAAGUAUGUAAGGUAACUUUGUAAGAUUUAUACUUGGUAUUUUCACCCUGAUAGAGAUCAGCGUGCAAGUGAAUACUCGAUUUAUUGAGACGAAUUAAAUCUCCGCAAAGGAUAUAACAUUCACGAGUUUUGGGGUAGCAGGGGGCUAAUUGCAUACACAAACUAUAACCUCAUACCAAAAUUUCAAAAGCAUAUAUCUCUCUUCAUAGACUACACAUAGCUCUACUUCGAUAUGAAUGUAUGAAUCUGGAACAUGCAUAAUUUUGUAAUGCAAUCCAAAAGUUUCAUACCAGCUAGAGUGCAUGGACCUAACUGCCCCUAAGGCAGUCGAGUUCAUUAUGUCAAAUACAAAGAGAAAACACUUUGAUGUGGUCAUGCUCAUAAAAGAGGUAACACUAAUGUGCCUCUUUAAUCAUUGUUUGCCAUAUGGUCAGUCGGGGCCCUUUCUAAAGCUCAAGCUCAAAGGAUCCAUAUAUAUAAAAAAAAAAGCUCAAGCUCAAAGGCUCUCAAAACAAAGCAAAAAAAGGUUUCACUACAUAUUUUUAAGCACAGGCAAUAGAGUUGAAAUUCUAUCAAAUAGUGUAAUGGUCAAUCCCAUAAAUUAAAGAAAGCUCCCCUAAAAGACAAGAGAAAGAAAAGGGAGGAGGAAAAAAAGAAAUUUUACAAAUGGAACUUUUUAUCCAAUUCAAACUAGCCCACGAUAAAAAUUGGUUUAGUCUUUUAAAAAAGUUAAAAAUUCUAUCUCCCUUACCCUUAAAGCUUUUUGUAAAUAUAAAGUUUUUUUAACAAGCCAAGCAUGUUCUAAGCCCUUUAAAACCUUUAGCUUUUUCUCCAUCUCUUUUUUACAAACUAAGCAUAUGCUCCAGUAAUUUCACUUUGAGUUUACCAAAACUAGUUUCCUUUGGUUUAGUUGUUUUUCAGCCACCCAAGAGCAAAAGCUUAAUGAUAUUAAGUGUGUAUUUAUCCUAUCAUAUUUCUAGUCCACCUGUACAACAUCAUAAUUGAGUAGAUUCACAAAACAUAAGAUUUACAUAAAAUUUAUCUGAGUAAUACUAUAAGGAUGUUAUCACAUAUUAAAUUGAUCCCUUACCAAAAUUUAUUGAACAUACAUUCCCUAUUUGAACAAGAUUUAGCUAGACGUGAGUCGGUUAAUAAGAAUUUUAAUCAACCAGCAAAUAAAUAUUUUGCAAUAUAAAUCGUCUCCUCAAUAUUAGAGAGUGUAGAUUUUUCAUCCUUAAACAUAUGCCUAGUUCGAAAAAAAAAUGUCUUAAUAUCCUUAACAACCUCCUUAAUUUUGCUUAGCUUGCAUAUAAACCUUAGUUGUGUAACCAUCGAGACCUGUACUUCUGUUCAUUCAUGGCCAAAAGGAUAGGGGGUGUUCAAACGGAUUGGUUACCGUGGUAAUCAUAUUAAUCGGGAGUAUUCGGUUAAUUUGGUUUGGUUAAAGAAUUUAGCUUAUUUGAUUUAGGGUGGUUUGGUUUAGACACUGCUAACCAAUGAAACCAAUUAACCAAUUAAUGAUACACCUAAUAUACAAAAUUAUUUAUACUUUCAUGCAACCAACCAAACCAAACUUUCGUGAUUCCCUAUUUUAUUUCCUUGUGCACAACAAAUCAAAGCAUUAUGGUCAAAAAUUAAAUGGGCCUGCCUAUUUACUAAACCAAAACAUUUUGGACAGCUACUAGACUUUAGGAUUACGUACAAUACCAUGACAGCCACCUCAAACAAUGUAUAGUUUAAGUGUUUUGUACGAGAGCUUUAACUUCCUGAUGAGUGGUAUUGGUAUGUAUUUAAUACUUAUGUUAAAGGUUUGUUGUAAGCUAACUAUAUUAGGUGCAAUUAUGAUGAAUGAUGUAUUAACUCGAAUGAUGAUGAUAAUCAUGGUUAGUCUUAUUAUUAUUGCUUAUAUAUAAUGAUAUUUUAUGAUAGUAAUCACAUAUGGUUAUGUUUUAUUUAUUAACAAGAUAAUUAUUUUCAUGUAAUGUUAUAUUAUUUGGUUAAUCAGAUUAACCAAACCAAUUAAACUUUGGUUUGGUUAAUUUGGUUUUCGUGUUAAUUUGGACGAUUUGGUUAAAACAUUAUUUCAUAGUUAAUAAAAUUUAGACUUAAUUUGUUUGGUUAUUACCACGGUAAUCAUUUGAACACCGGACAAGAAGCAAAGCCCCAAAACUUGUUGAAUGCGAAUAGGGUAAUCCUCGACCAGCCAGGCCUGAUUUGCACUUUAAAGCCCAAUAACAUUAAGCCCAGCAGUGAAACCGGCCGCCUCAAAGUUUCCGGCCCGCCCAGCCACUCUGGUCCAUUCAUAUUUGAUUUCCCCUCGUCACCCACGCCAAGACAGUAGACGCCUGAGUUCGAUCGUUAACAACACCUUGAGUAACGAGUUUCUUCAUAUCUCAGCAGACAUAGCAGCUUUGUGGUUUGGCCUUUCGGUGCUCGAUCGUUUUCCUUCUCUACUGUUGCAUCCAUUCCGGCUUUCUAUUUACUCAUUUAUUGGAGAUGAAUCCGAAGCUGGCGAUCUCGUUUCGACAGCCUGCAAGUCGCACUCAUAACGCACGCUACCUGUUCGAUAAAAGUUCCCGAUGAAGUUUCUUGACCUCCAAUCUCGGGAUACACUGAACGCGAUCAACAUUCUAAUAGUACUAGAUGCAUUGCUCAGUUAUGGUGUACAGAAACUCGCGGAAGUUUCUCCGCGGUGCAGCCCGUACCGAACUGGGUAGAUUCAGAGAUGUGUGGUUGAAGUUGAGGCUGUAUCAUUGUUCUUCCGAAGAAGUCCUGCCUUUCGAAUGGUACGAGAAGGCGUUCCCCAAAAUUCGGAAACUGACCCAACAGUUGCAUAAUGUGGAUUUGAUCGACGGAAGGGCGGUGAACAUAGUAGACGAUUCGUUCAUAAUGAACCCCAGGGUUCUGCACAAGGUCACUACUUUUAAGUCUCUGGUCAGGGUUUUCAUUGGAUCUCCAUUGGUUCAGCAGAAGACCAAGGAGAAUGUGGUGGCAAACGGAAGAGGUUUAAGAAGCAACGCGGUUGCUUAUUUCAGCAAUGCAAGCGAAAGAGAGCCCAUGAUUGUGGAUUCACUGACCAAAGUUGGCAACUUUCUGAACGUAUCAGCGCAACAGAGGAAGGAGGUGCGAGUCACGAUCUGCCCACAGGUGACCCACCAUCGAAUAUGGACGGGCGCACUUCAGGAGGUCUUGAACUCGUUGAGGUUGGAGAUGGACUGCUUGGGUUACGAUUGUUCAUCAGGCAAUAUGGGGCAUCAGAUCAUCUCCAGCUGUUUCGCCCUAUUAGGUGAUUCAGACACUUCUCCAGAAGAUGAACCCACUUCAUGGAUGCGGCUUGCACCUUCUAAGCCCACCAAUCCUAACAAGUCUCGGACGUGGGAAGACGUUCUUGAGAUGGUGUAUGAUCUCAUCGGGUGUUUGAGACACGAAAAGGAGUCGCUUUAUCACAUUUCCAAACUCGAGGUUAUGAAAGAAGGGUUGACUCAGAUCAAGGAUGUGCUGGUCGAUAAAGGGAUCGGUUAUCGAGAGGCUCGUCAUCAGGAAACCCUAGUGCAGAAAAAGCUCUCCAGUACAUUGGGUCAUUCCUCUCGUUGCCUGUUCACGCUUCUGCUGUAUUACCUCUAUGGACAAGUGAGAGACAUUGAAGUUGAUCUUUGUGGGGGGCUGUACAAGACUGAUGAUAAGAAUAGGUUUCGUCUGAGAAUGGGAAGGAUUUUAACUUCAGAUGAGGAGCCGAUGGUUCUAAGAGGAGCUAAGCAUUUGGAUAGAGUUCUUGAGCUGUUUAAGUUUGUGUGGGAAACUGCUGGUAUGAAAGGUGUUCUUGAGCUGGAAGGUCAUCUUUUUUGCGUGGAUGCGCAGGACAGAGUGACCACGUAUAGAGGGAACUCGUUCUUUGUUCAUGGGAUUAACUUUUGACGAUGAUGCUAUUGUUCAAUCCAACAGAUCACUUUUUCUGCAAUUUUUGUCACUAUGUCACAUGCUUGAUCGUUUAAUGAUAUGAAGGUAUGUGCACGGUCAUGUCCGAUCCAGGGUUGGAUCGAGCUUGAUAGUUUGGAGUCGAUACAUUGUAAAACUUGUUCACAUCUAGGAAAUAGGAAAUGUAUUCUUUCCACACCAACAAAAAAUGACUCGAAAUAUUUUCUGCAUUGAAUGAGAACAGAAGAAAAAAGAUGGAAACCCCAAUCCAUUUCAAAAACAUUCGACAUCCAUUGCCCUGCUCUUGAAACGAAGCAGAAACUGUGAAAUCGGUUAAGCCAAACAGUUACAGAUUCUUAGUCACAGAUCAGAAAAACCGAUGUGCUUCUAGAGUGACUCCAAAGUGUUUCCAAACCCUUCAUUUCAGCUUUGAUUUUGAAGAGCUCUGUAAAGGCUUUGCAAUGGUUCGGGCAGGAGCACUCUUCGCGACCUUCUUCAUAUCAUACUUCACAGAAGAGAAUGCACAGAUGACUGCAAGCACGAUUGUCGGGUAGACAUAGACUGAUUUAGUAGGAUCGGUGUUCACCGGCUUCCCCAAGAUUCCUUCCUUGAUAAGCCCCCAGAGUAUCAAAAGUGUCCCAAACAUGCUCAUCCUCCCAGGUUUUAGGAUCCCGACCAGUGAUCCUGCCACUGUAAAGUAGCUUCCAGCAAGAACCUGGAAUCAGAAAACCAACAAGCGGGAACUGAAAUCUCAGUAAAGCACACUACCAAGCUGUUCAAGCUAUAGCUAAUUAUGUUGAAAAUGUACAAGUACUAUCAUAAUGAGCCAUUAAUGGCUAGGUGAAGGGGCUCUAGGAUAAAACUUCAGCAGAGUUAGGUGCUCAUUUAGUUGUUUUCACCAAUCACCACAAAGAAUAGGGUGUGGAAUUUAGCUCCUACGACCUCACCUUAAAAAGAGACAAAACCAGUCUCAUACCCUUCCCAGAAAGGGGAAGAGGCAGAGAUGGUAAUAAAAUCAGUUUCAGCAA